CCAACACGGUCUCGAGAAUGAAUUAACGAUUAUCCUUAAAUGUUAUUUGACCACUGAAUUAAUGAUAGUCAUUAAUUCAUUGUCAUGCGCAAGGCGCGGAUGCUAAGGUGUUGUUGAUCACAUGGUUGACUACUCAAGCAUUCAAUUGCAAGCAUUGAAGCAAGCGAGGAUGACUGGUAAGCGAGACAAACCACAGACACCAAACAAGAAGAUAGUACCGCGGCUUAAGGCCUUUCCAGAAUGUGGUACAAAUUGUCCUACUGCAUGUCGCAGCUGCAAAAAUGAAAACUGCUCAUACAUUUUUGCAAAGAAGGUCAAGUCGAACCAUGAUGCUAUUGAAAAGAAAGGGACAACCAACCCAACCAAUCAGAAAGACAUGAUGUAUUAUAGGGCAGACGUCCUGCAUCAGAAACACCAAAAUGACAUUGUCAUUUUGACAUUUAAAAAACAUGGUCUGGGCACAACAGUAGAGUGCUAUGGCACAGAAGGUGCCGGUGCAGCCUUUGUUGGGCACGAGGGGGAGAAGCCUGCCCAUGAACUUGGGAAAAUGGUUAAGAAAAUGUUUGAGACGUUUAUGGAAGAGGCCGUUAGGACAAUAACAAUGCAAUAUCACUUUGCUUGACAAGCUAAGCUUGAUCCUGGAAAGAGAGGAGCUCCCAAAAAGGUAUAAUUUAAAAUUUGUAUAGGCGGAUGCAUUAAGAUGUCUUUGUCUCAUGCUGAAAAAUACAAUUAGGGGCAUCUUUCACUGGAUCUGGAAAGGAGCACCACAAA